AUGAACCCCUUCCACCCCUCAACACCUCAACCACUUCCACCCCUCAACACCUCAAUCCCUCAACCCCCUCAUCAAGGUUCUAGCCUUCUAGUGUUUCCAUUUCCUCCACUCCCACACUCCACUCCAACCAUACACUUACUCACUCCACACUCCACCCUUCACACCCACACUCAACUUACACACCCCACUUCCAUAUUCCACACUCCACUUCCACUCCCACACUCCACCCUUCACUCCAACCAUACACUCCCUCACAUCACACUCCACACUUCACUCCCACACUCAACUCACACUCCACACUCCACUACCACACUCCACACUCAGUUCCCACACUCCACACUCCACUACCACACUCCACCCCUACCUCCAAUCCCACACUCCACUACCACACUCCACUACCACACUCCACUCCAACCCCACAUUCCACUACCACACUCCACUACCACACUCCACACUCCAAUCCCACACUCCACUACCACACUCCACACUCCACUCCCACACUCCACUCCACACUCCACUCCCACACUCCACACUCCACUCCUACCUCCAAUCCCACAUUCCACUCCCACACUCCACUCCACACUCCACACUCCACUCCCACACUCCACUCCCACACUCUACUCCCACACUCCACUCCCACACUCCACACUCCACUCCGACCGCCAAAGGCCCACAGGCCACGCCCACACGCCACGCCCACACGCCACACGCCACGCCCACACGCCACACGCCACGCCCCACACGCCACACGCACGCCGACAGCCAAGCCCACAGGGCACCCCCACACGCCACGCCCACACGCGCCACACGCCACACGCCACGACCACACGCCACACGCCACGCCGACGCCAAGCCCGCACGCCACACGCCCACACGCCACACCACACGCGGCCCGCCACGACCACACGCCAAGCCCACAGGCCACGACCACACGCCACGCCGACCGCCAAGCCCACAGGCCAGACCACACGCCACGCCCCACACGCCACGCCGACCGCCAAGCCCACACGCCACGACCACACGCCACGCUCCACAGGCCACGCCCACACGCCAAGCCCACAGGCCACGCCCACACGCGCACGCCCACACGCCACAGGCCCACACGCCACACGCCACACGCCACGCCGACCGCCAAGCCCACAGGCCACGCCCACACGCCACGACACAACACGCCACACGCCACGACACACUCCCACACUCCACACGCCACACGCAGACCCACACUCCACACUCCACUCCUACCUCCAAUCCCACAUUCCACUCCCACACUCCACUCACACUCCACUCCCACACUCCACUCCUACCUCCACUCCACAUUCCACUCCCACACUCCACACUCCACUCCCACACUCCACUCCCACACUCCACUCCCACACUCCACACUCCCACACUCCAUUCCACACUCUGCCCUCCACUACCACACUCCAAUCCCACAUUCCACUCCCACACUCCACUCCCACACUCCACUCCCACACUCCACCCCUACCUCCACUCCCACAUUCCACUCCACACUCCACACUCCACACUCCACUCACACACUUCAUUCCACUCUCCACUCCCACCUUCUAUCCCCACCUUCCAUUCCCACCCUCCAUCCUCCACUCACACAAUCCACCCAUCUUACUUUAG